AUGAGCGGCAUUGCGGACCAGGGGCUGCGCUCCAGCCAGUGGACCAGCGCGCGGCUGCGCAGCCAGACGCUGUAUCUCGAGACAAGCAGGGAGAGGUUUGAGCUGAAGUACCAACCGCCGCAGGAGCAGGAGGAGCGGCAGCAGGACCUGUACCAGCUGGCGCGCUGCAAGUGCGCGCUGCCCCUGGCCACCAUGAAGAAGCUCGGGGUGCCCAUGCCGCCGGCAGAGGUGGAGGUGCUGCAGAGCGACGUAGCGUGGGACGAGUUCAAGUGGUCCAACCUGUCAAUGGCAGUGCGGGGCCAGGUGUUCCACGUCGUGCGCAUGCACUUCAUGGCCAACUCAAAGCCAGGCGGCGGCGGCGGCGGCGCGGACAGCAGCAGCUGA